CAUGUUCAUAGUGAUUUAAUACUCUUUGGGUAUGUUGACUUGACUGCUCAUCAUGUAGUCUCAGUAGCAUCUCAGUAGUGUGUUUAUAAAUGAUCUUCUUGUGAUGGUACAAAUAGCUUUAUUAUGUCGCCUGGUUAGAAAUCACCGACAGUCCUUGAAAGGUCUUAUAAUGAAAUCUGUAAAAUUUCUCAAGAGAUUCUUCGUUAUGGCUUUAACUUUCAUUGCACUUUUUCUUUUUUUCUUCUGGAACAGUAUUGGAAGCUUUCAGAAGUUGGUCCCUGUAUCUAUAUCAGUGAAAAACAAAGUGUGUCACGUUAACUUUGAUGAUGAAAGAAUUCAACUUGUUAGUAACAAAACAGAUUUGAAAAUGAUUUAUUUCGUGACGCCGACGUACCCGCGGCCGGAGCAGGUGCCCGAGCUGACGCGGCUCGCUCACACCCUUAUGCACGUGCCCCGCAUUCACUGGAUCGUAGCCGACGAUCAGCCCCGAUGCUCCGAACAAGUCGCAAAUAUCCUUAGACGUUCUGGACUUCCAUUCACACACAUAUCCAGCCCGAAGCCAUAUACAUAUAAUUACCCUAACUACCCACGUGGAGUAGCAAAUCGUCGAGUGGCCCUCUCCUGGCUUCUGGCUAACGUAAAUGAUGGCGUCCUUUACUUCGGAGAUGACGACAACACGGUGGACCUGCAACUCUUUGAUGAAAUUAGAGAAACCAAGAGAGUGUCCAUGUUUCCCGUGGGUCUUAUUGGAGGAUACGGCGUCUCUGCGCCUAUCGUAAAAAAUGGGAAGGUGGUCGGGUUCUUCGACUCGUGGCCGGGCGCGCGGAAGUUCCCAGUCGACAUGGCGGGGUUUGCUAUCAACAUAGAAUUUCUGAAGCCGUCCGCUACUAUGCCAUAUAUCGCAGGGCAUGAGGAAGACAUGUUCCUUGUUAGUUUAGGUGUAAAGUUAGAGGACAUAGAGCCAUUAGCUGAGAAUUGCUCCAAGGUGCUCGUGUGGCACACCAAAACGUUAAAAUACACGAAACCUACUUUAAAGAUAAAUAUUAAUCAAUACGAUAAAGAACUCUCACCAAAGUACGAAAGUUUUGUGAACUUGCUCAAGGAAAUUUCUAGACAGGGCAUGGCCGUUUUAGAUGCCGAAACUGGAACAAAAACAUUAGUGAUACGCGAUAGGAAAACGUAUGAAACUUUAGUUGGCCUUAAUUAAUAUACGUAAGUAGGUAUGUAGGUAGUAGUCUAAUGUUCAUGCGUUAUUAUAAUAUAAAGGCAUAUUAUUAAGUUUUGUCUCGCGUCGCGGGGUUGUUUGAGGUUGUUAUGUAUAGAUAAUUAGUUGUGAAUUCGAACAUGUUUUUUUAACAUAGUAGGAACCUAGGAACGAGUGUCUUAUAACACUCACCCCAACUAUAGUCCGUUUUUUUAGCAUUAGAAAGAACUUCGCAGAAGUUCGCUUGUGGUUCUAAAUCUGGCACUUUUGGCGGUAACAAUUUGAAGUAAAUUAUAUGUAUUGACCAUGCUACAUUAGAUAAUUCAAUAAUUAUUAACAAUUAACAAGCCUGAUAAAAACUGCAUGCUUCCUUCUGCGGAGUUCUUUCUAAUGCUAAAAAAAACGAAAUAUAAAUAUAUAUAUAUGUUACUAUUAUAGUUCAGGGUUAUAUUAUAAUUGUCUCGGUUCUGUCGGUUCCAAAUAGUCUCACGAAAUGGAAUCUAAUGUUUUAUUGAAUUGAAUCUAUUGAGCCGGGCGCUCGGAAUACAUCAUAGUUCCUUUAACUAACGCGCUGUGAGCAAUUUAAUAUUCUUAA